AUGGGGCCGGUGAUGAGAUUCAAUCGAAAUAGGCCAAGUUGCACAUGGGGUUUCCCAAGGGACACUUUCAGAGGAGAUGAUGUUAGAACUUCUUUUUGGUCUUUAUGGCCUUUUCUGCAUUGCACUGUACUUGUUCAUAAGCAAGAACCCUGUCCAUGUGAGUCGCUUUUCAAGAGUAGGCUGGAAAAGGAAGGUGUUAUUAGUGACUGCUCAUCCUGAUGAUGAAUGCAUGUUCUUCAGCCCAACCAUUCUUCACCUGACAUCUGCUGGACACAAAGUUUUCUUGCUGUGUUUGUCGACAGGUGACUUCUAUGGCCAAGGGGAGACAAGGAGAGUGGAGCUCAUUAGAAGCUGCGAAGUUUUAGGUAUUCCAGAGGAGCAUGUCUUUAUUGUGGAUGAUAAAGCAUUACCAGAUGAUCCAAAAGUGAACUGGGAUCCUGAGAGAAUAUGUUUCUAUGCUUAUGAUUAUGUGACAAAGUUAGAUAUCAAUACAAUAAUCACAUUUGAUGAAAGUGGGGUCAGUGGACACAUGAAUCAUAAGGCUACACAUAGAGCUUUUUGGCGAUGUUUGUUCCAGGACAAUUUGCCUCAAGGGGUGGAAUUCUACUGUCUGAAGACCACGAAUAUCCUGCGGAAGUAUAUAUCUGUUUUAGAUCUGCCAAUCAGCCUCCUGACGUCAGGCUUCAAAUUUGUGUUCAUAUCGGACUGGGAAAAUGUCAUAAGAGGGCAGAAAGCAAUGCAAGCCCAUUGGAGUCAGCUCACCUGGUUUAGGAUGCUCUAUAUCAUUUUCUCGGGGUACAUGGUGAUCAAUACCUUGAAGCCGUUAUCACUAGAAAGACCAAGACACCAUCCACCAAACAAGUCUUAGAACUGUUGAUGACAUUGAGAGUUAUAUCUGGCUGGUGAUAUCCACGAACAGAGGCAGGAGAGCGCCUUGGUCUACAGAGACUACCAGGCAGGGAAAAGUAUUGCAAAGGUUCUAUUUGUGCCCUGAAAGAUGGACACUUGAGUGGAUGGGAGUAUCUGAGUGAUGAGAGGAGUGCCUCAGUGAUCAGUCUUUGGGUUGGUUUACCUCUCUGUGAGGUUGUGAGGAAUCAUUAAGGGUUUAUUUCAAUUCUGCACUGAUGAUAAGCAGCCAGUUGGGCCACUCUUGGUUGCCUCAACUAAGAAAUGCAUUAAGCUGCUUAUCCAUAGGCUGUUCCCUUCUGACCUUGAAGAUUGUAUAGGGUAACAUAUCUCAGUUUCAACCAUAUUUGUCAUUUCAGGAAAAACUGAGUGCUUGUACGUAUUCAAAGCCUUGGGUGGACAGUAGUCUGCUCCUUGGAAUUUAUAAUAAAACAUUUACUUGACCAU